CCCCUCCAUGUAGUGGAGCAUAAAGCAGCUUGGUUAAACACCAAACAGUAAAGUAGCCAAUGUGCUAGCAUCUUGGCCUGGACCUGAGACUAAUUAACAGAGUUAGGGGACCCAGGGCAUCAGCUUCCUGCAAAAGGUCCAGAACAGUAGGAGAUGACAUGUGCCAGUGAAAACUACUCCGUGCUGUGUCUUUCCUUUUCUGGAAUUGCAAGGCUUUUCUUCUAAGACAGACACAGCCUCGGCUGUGAGGACAAGGCAGGGGCCUCCUGGGGAGAGUUGUGCUUCCAGACGUGGGUGGAGGGCUGAGGCUCCCAUGGACAGGACAGAGGACUAGGCCUCGGAGUAACAUUGUCCUUUCAUUCGGGAAAAUUCAAAGAAGAAGAGAGCUGGAGUAGAAAGUCUACUCCCAAAGGGCAGGAAACAAGGUAAAAAUGAGGCUUCCUGGCAUGGGAAUCAGAAAAGCUGAAGCAAGAAAUUGCUCACCUACUCAUAGCCUGCAUGAUCCACUUAUGUGUCAGGGACUGAGUGGGGGCAAAGGGCAGGGAGCUAGCUCUGCCCUCCAAGUUCCUGUUUUCGGUUUGCUUGCUAAAUCUUAACAAUUCAGUUGCCCAGACUUUCUCCUCCUCCCCUCUCCUUUCCCAAACCAGGUGCCCUCUAUCAUUUCUGCCUCAACCUACCUCUUGAAUGCAUUGUCUCACCUCAGUUCCCAAAAGCACAAGUGGAGUAGUGGCUUGUAGUUCUUGUCUGGAUUACUGUGAUAAUCACCUGCCUCUGUCCUGCCCUUGCCCUCUUCACACACUCUGGUGAUGUUUCUCUGAGAUGAAAUACAUAAAACCUUUUAUUUCAGCUCUUCUUCUCAGCUCCAUAAUUACUCUCCGGGUCCUGGCCCUGUAGGGACCGACCAGGCCACAGGCAGGGACUUCCGGGGGACACCCCAUGCUGCUGGGGUCCAGCAAUUUCCAAAAAAGAUGCCUGGUGCCCUGAAUCCCAGUCUCGUGGAAAUUCCUCAGCCUUGUCUUCUCCGACAGUGACAGGAGUCAGCUCAUGAGAAACACCUGGGAGUGCUUCUCCCUCCCUCACAGAGGGCUAAAUUCCAUGGAAAUAUAGUUGGUACUACUCUGCAAUGUCUCUAUUUGAAAGCCAAAGCGAGAACAGACAAAGUGGAGAACCAGAGAGAUGUCUGCAAGCCAACAACAGAGAAUUCAAUACUCUAUUUGGAUAUCCCAAUAAUACCAUCAAGACCUCAAAAUAUAAUGUCCUUAACUUCUUGCCCCUGAACCUGUUUGAACAGUUCCAGAGACUUGCAAAUGCGUAUUUCCUCAUUUUGCUAUUCCUACAGUUGAUUCCCCAGAUCUCCUCCUUGGCAUGGUACACAACUGUGAUACCACUGAUGGUGGUGCUGUCCAUAACAGCAGUGAAAGAUGCCAUCGAUGACCUGAAAAGGCACCAAAAUGACAAUCAAGUCAACAACCGUUCUGUUCUGGUGCUGACAAACGGCAGGAUGAAAGAGGACAAAUGGAUGAAUAUCCAAGUGGGAGAUAUAGUAAAAGUAGAAAAUAAUCAGUCUGUCACGGCUGAUAUGCUGUUACUCUCUAGCAGUGAGCCUUACAGUCUGACAUAUAUAGAAACAGCAGAACUGGAUGGUGAAACCAACCUGAAAGUGAAGCAGGCCAUCUCAGUCACCAGUGACAUGGAAGAUAAUCUAAAGCUGCUGUCUGCCUUUGAUGGAGAAGUGAGGUGUGAGUCUCCCAAUAACAAGUUGGACAAAUUCGCAGGAAUACUGACUUAUAAGGGAAAAAACUACAUCCUGGACCAUGACAAGCUGCUGCUCCGAGGCUGCGUCAUCAGGAACACAGAUUGGUGCUAUGGCUUGGUAAUUUAUACAGGGCCAGACACUAAAUUAAUGCAGAACUGUGGAAAGUCCACCUUUAAACGGACACACAUAGACCAUCUCAUGAAUGUCCUUGUGCUCUGGAUUUUCCUGUUUCUAGGCAGCAUGUGUUUUAUCCUAGCAGUUGGGCAUGGCAUUUGGGAGAAUAAGAAAGGCUACUACUUCCAGAAUUUUCUGCCAUGGAAAGAAUAUGUCUCUUCGUCAGUUGUCUCUGCCAUCCUCAUGUUCUGGUCCUACUUCAUUAUUCUCAACACCGUGGUGCCCAUUUCCCUCUAUGUCAGUGUUGAGAUAAUAAGAUUGGGCAACAGUUACUAUAUCAACUGGGAUCGGAAGAUGUUUUAUGCACCAAAGAACACACCAGCACAAGCUCGCACCACCACCCUUAAUGAGGAACUCGGCCAGGUCAAAUACGUGUUCUCUGACAAAACAGGGACCCUGACUCAGAACAUCAUGAUUUUCAAGAAGUGUUCUAUUAAUGGGACAUUGUAUGGUGAUGUCUAUGAUAAGAAUGGACAGAGGGUAGAAGUUUCCGAGAAAACAGAAAAGGUCGACUUUUCCUACAACAAACUGGCUGAUCCUAAGUUUUCAUUUUAUGACAAGACUUUGGUGGAAGCAGUGAAAAGGGGAGAUGGCCGGGUGCACUUGUUUUUCCUCUUGCUCUCAUUGUGUCAUACUGUGAUGUCAGAAGAGAAAGUGGAAGGUGAGCUGGUGUACCAGGCUCAGUCCCCAGAUGAAGGUGCCCUGGUCACUGCUGCCAGGAACUUUGGCUUUGCAUUCCGUUCUCGCACAUCUGAGACAAUCACGGUAGUCGAGAUGGGGGAAACCAAAGUCUACCAACUGCUGGCUAUCUUGGACUUCGACAAUGUGCGCAAGAGGAUGUCUGUUAUUGUGAGGACACCUGAAGAUCGGGUAAUGUUGUUCUGCAAGGGUGCAGACACCAUCGUUUGUCAGCUGCUUCAUCCAUCCUGUAGAUCCCUCGGAGAUGUGACCAUGGAACAUUUAGAUGCAGACAGGGCCUGUGAGGUCAGCCCAAGCCUACUCAGUGCACACACACAUUUCUUCCAGGAUUUUGCCAUCGAAGGUCUUCGUACCCUCAUGGUGGCCUACCGAGAACUGGACAAUGCGUUCUUCCAGGCCUGGAGCAACAAGCACAGUGAAGCCUGCCUGUCUUUGGAGGAUCGUGAAAAUAAAAUAUCAAAUGUCUCUGAAGAGAUUGAAAAAGACUUGAUGCUGUUAGGGGCCACAGCCAUAGAAGACAAGCUGCAGGAUGGUGUACUUGAGACAAUCAUCACCCUGAACAAAGCCAAAAUUAAAAUGUGGACUUUAACUGGAGAUAAGCAAGAGACUGCUGUGAACAUUGCCUAUGCCUGUAACAUCUUUGAGGAUGAAAUGGAUGAGAUAUUUAUCGUGGAAGGCAAGGACGAUGAGACUAUUUGGCAAGAACUCAGGUCAGCAAGGGCCAGGAUGAAACCUGAGUCUCUACUGGAAUCAGACCCAGUAAACAGUUACCUCACCAUGAAGCCCAAAAUGCCCUUCAAAAUACCUGAGGAGGUGCCCAAUGGCAACUAUGGCUUGGUCAUCAAUGGCUACAGUUUGGCCUAUGCUCUAGAAGGGAACCUGGAGUUGGAACUGCUACGAACGGCAUGCAUGUGCAAAGCGGUGAUCUGCUGUCGGAUGACACCCCUUCAAAAGGCCCAGGUGGUAGAGCUGGUGAAGAGGUACAAGAAGGUGGUGACACUGGCCAUCGGGGAUGGGGCCAAUGACGUCAGCAUGAUCAAAGCUGCCCACAUUGGGAUCGGCAUCAGUGGCCAGGAGGGAAUGCAGGCUAUGCUCAACAGUGACUACGCCUUCUGCCAGUUCCACUAUCUUCGGCGUCUACUCUUGGUUCAUGGCCGCUGGUCCUAUAAUCGCAUGUGCAAGUUUCUCAGCUACUUCUUUUACAAAAACUUUGUCUUCACCCUGGUACACUUCUGGUAUGCCUUCUUCAGCGGGUUCUCUGCACAGACAGUUUAUGAUACCUGGUUUAUCACUUUCUACAACCUGGUCUACACCUCCCUCCCUGUCCUGGGCUUGAGUCUGUUUGACCAGGAUGUGAAUGAAACAUGGAGCCUGCGUUUCCCAGAGCUGUAUGAGCCAGGCCAGCACAACCUCUAUUUCAACAAGAAGGAAUUUGUAAAGUGUUUAGUGCAUGGGAUCUAUAGUUCCUUUGUGCUAUUCUUUGUCCCCAUGGGGACUGUUUACAACUCAGUGCGCAGUGAUGGGAAGGAAAUCUCCGACUACCAGUCCUUCUCCCUGAUAGUGCAGACCUCCUUGCUUUGGGUGGUCACAAUGCAGAUCGCCCUGGAGACAACCUACUGGACGAUGAUAAGCCACUUCUUCAUCUGGGGUAGCCUGGGUUUCUACUUUUGCGUCUUAUUCUUCCUGUACAGUGAUGGCUUGUGCCUAAUGUUCCCCAACGUCUUCCAAUUCCUAGGUGUGGCCAGGAACAUUCUAAAGCUGCCACAACUGUGGCUGAGCCUUGUUCUCAGCGUGGUCCUCUGUAUGUUGCCUGUGAUUGGGUACCAAUUUCUCAAACCACUAUUCUGGCCUGUCAGUGUGGACAAGGUUAUUGACAGAAUUCAUCACUGUAUGCGACAUCCACUGCCGCCCCCCAUCCGGACCAAAGUGAAACAUGCAAGCUCCCGACGUUCUGCCUACGCGUUCUCCCACAAACAGGGCUUUGGGGCCCUCAUCACUUCUGGCAAGACAAUGAAGGGCAAGCCCAAGAAAAGCAGCCUUUUGAAAAAGUAGAGGCCUUUAGGGAAACCUCAAAGGAGUCAGUCCCUCCCUUGUGUUCCUACAACUUAGUAAGGAGGGAUUCGAGACCCUGGGAAACCCGCCUAAACCUGCUUCUCCAUUCUCGCUCCAGGGUCACAGUCUCUCCAGUCCCUAGAAGGCUGUGGCCAGGUAAGGCGAGGAAAGAGGAAGAAGGAGCCCCCAGAUAUCUGUCAGAGUUGCAGCAUUUCAAGAAAAAGUGACAUUAGGCCUCCCUUCUACCAACCCUUCCAAGUUUUAAUCCAGACAAGCAAAUGUGGAAGUAAUGGGUAAAGAGGGGCAGUGUGAGGAAGGGAAAAGAAGAUAGGACUAAGCAUCUUAGGUUGGACCCUGUUUCCCGUACCCAGAGCAACCAUAAACCUUUCCAGGGCCCCACAUAGACACAUCCCCACCGAGGCACCCUUCUCAGGUUUAUCUGGGGACUCAGGGCGAGUCUUUUGCUGGCCCUGGGUUGCAAAAGGAGGCAGCUAUGAAAAGUUGGUUGUAAGAAGAUGAAGGAGAGUUUCUGGACCAAAAAAAAAAAGGAAGUGGUUCCUGCCUUGAUAGGACAGCUCAAGAUUUUGCCUUCUUCCCCUCUCUUUGACCCCUUUCACCCAAGAACUGAUGCAGAACUGAGAGGGGGAGACUGCAGGGGAUUUUUAAAAAUCUUUCCUUGAAGGGACAUAAGCCAUGAUUGCUGAACACUUGUCUUCAUUCCAUAAAAAUUAUUUUGAGAAGAAAUUGUAUGUACUUGGGAAAUUAUUUCUAAGAAGUUUGUAGAGUAAUAAAUUGCUUAUUUUGAAGUGGA